AUCACUGUCAGGCUCUUUGUACGGGAAUAAACAAUAUCUUAUUUUAAAACAAACUCUUUCGUCAUCUCAUGUGGACAAUUUAGUGAAGCAUCUUUUUACAGCAUUACUCAUCAUCAUCAAGUUAUCACUACUAGUACAUUCCACCUGCUUCUGGUCUGUAUGAUGAUGUCCAAGUCAGGAUGCAUACAACUCGCAGUCCAUCCGCAUCCAUCCAGGCAGGACCUGCAGCAGAUGCCCUUGACCUCAGUCUGAGCGGUUCUCAGCUCACGAUGGGCCGCAGACCCAGCAGUGCUUCUCCGGGAAAACACUUUUCUCGGUCCAUAUCUGUAUCUGUGGCCGGUGAUGGCCGGGGGAAACGAAACACUUUGACUGAUGGUGGAUUGGGAAGUUCACGAGCAAUUAAGAACCUUCGUCGGUCCAACAGCACCACACAGGUGAACCAGCAGGCCAACACAAGCCCCAGUGAUGGGCAAACAGAAGAUUUCCUGGCCCUGUUCAACAGCAGCUCUGAUGGACGCAGGAAACUGGCCAGCCUCUCCAAGACAUCCAAAGACCGGACUACCUGGAACAUAUUGGAUGAGCAGCCGAGAGCGUUUCUUGUACCCAGCAGCUCUCACAGUACCUGUAGCAUGGAUUCUCCUACAGGACUAAAGAAGAGGGAGUCUGGAGUCUCUCUGGCUGCCAACUUCACUGCAAACAACAGGAGCAAUAAAGCUGCUGUGGGAAACUCUGUGACCACCAUUCUCCAUAAUAACCAUUCAGAGAAGCCCCUCACUCCCAAGAGCUCCAAUCAGAAACCUUCUUUCAAUAACAUCAUCAAAGCCACAGUGAAUGAUGAUGUGUCUGUAGAUGUAGGCGCUUCUCUCACUAAGUCCCAGAAGAACUUCUCCUCAGCAUCAUCAGGCUCCAACAACAACAGCCCCCGAAGCCCAGGUGUACCCCGCCGGCGAGAGGUGACCGAGGAGGAGGCAGAGAGGUUUAUUCAACAGGUAAACCUUGCUGCUGUUACUAUCCAGCGUUGGUUUCGUCGCCAUUCCAACAGGAAGAGAGCCAAUGAGAAUGCUCUUAAACAACUUCUAGCAUCCAAAAAGAAGGAGAGGGAACAGAGAGCUGAGGAGAAAGCCACUGAAUCUAUGAAGAAGAAAGAAGAUGAUAGGAAACGCAUCAGAGAGGAGAAAGCCCGUCUGGCUCGACUUACAGCCAUACAGGAGCUACAGCAGAAAAGAGCUCAACGUGCUGCGGAGGUCCAGCAGAUAGCACAGGAGGAGGUGGAAGCACUAAGGCAUGCUGGGAAAGUGGGCCGUAAAAAACUAACCAAGAGUUCACCAACUUCACCCACUGAUAUCAAAGCUAAAAACACAGAUUCUAAUGUGAAUGUGGUGUCUGAUCUUGAUGAUGCGACAAAUCUGAGGGCUGCAUCACCUGUUGGUUCUGUAUGCCAAAGCUCUCAGUGUUCCCAGGUGAUCUUGCAAAGGUCUGUGAGCAUGGAGGACCAACGACAGGGGGCGACAUCAAGCAGAGCUCAGUCGAAAACCACCCUGAAUGAUUUGCUGGACACGUUAAAACUUUUAGAAGAAGAGCCGGAGAGACUGUCCGAGCCCAAAAGCCACAGGAAUGACAAGUACUCAUGGAUUGAUGAAGAUGGAGACUCCAACUCCCUCACAACUGAUAAUGUGGAACGGCACAGGCAGUUGAGUCAAACUCCUGCCCUACCAGAUGGGGGCACUCUGCUGUCUGAGGCCAAACUGCAAACCAUUAUGAGUUUUCUGGAUGAGAUGGAGAAAUCAGAGCAAGAGAGACCACGCUCAGUCACGUCUGGAUCGCACAGAGAGAUGGUUUUGUCAGAGGAGGAUCUAGCAGUUGUAGAACAAGCUUCAGCCACAGCUGCCGAGGUCACAGGAUCCAUGAUGAGACUCAAACUGGAGAUGGAGGAAAAGAAACGCACUAUUAAUAUGUUACAGACAGCACUGGCCCAGCAGAGGGAGCUGACGAUCCGUCACGUAAAGGAAACAGAAAAGGAGCUCAAUCAUAACUUCCAGCUGCACAAACAACAGUAUGAAGCUACAAUACAAAGACACCUGACAUUUAUAGACCAGCUGAUAGAUGAUAAAAAGGCCCUGAGUGAACGAUGUGAGGAGGUGGUAGGAGAACUUAAGCAGGUGGAUCAGAAGUACACUAAGAAGAUAGCUCAGAUGCAGGAACAACAUGAACUGGUGUGGCAAAUUCUGGGUCCCAUGUGUGAGGAGAUUAAGAAGCUGAAAGAGUUAAUGAGUGCUACCGAAAAGAUCCGCAGGGAGAAAUGGAUCGAUGAAAAGACCAAAAGGAUCAAAGAGAUUACAGUAAAAGGUCUGGAGCCAGAAAUUCAGAAGCUGAUCUCCAAACACAAACAGGAGCUAAAGAAACUCAAAGUUCUUCACGAGGCCGAGCUGCUCCAGGCAGACGAGCGGGCCGCCCAGCGCUACGUCAGGCAGACGGAGGAACUGCGACAGCAACUGGAGCGAGAGAAAGAUGAACAGUGUCAGAGGGAAAGAGAACUGGCUAAACAAAGGUUGGAGAAACAGCUGCAGGAGGAGGAAAACACUUUGCAGCAGCAAAGGCGACGCCUUUACAAGGAGGUUACAGAUGAAAAAGAAAGACUCGCACAACUGGCUGCCAGGCAGCGUGCUGAGCUAGAGGACUUAAGAAAACAGUUGGAAGACAACAGCAGUCUGGCAGGAAGAGCUCUCAGAGAAGAGCUGGAGAAAAGCCGAGAAGAACAGGAAAGACGACACCAGGUUGAAAUAAAAGCCCUCAAGGAAAGACUUGAGAUUGAGAAGCAGACAUGGGAAGAAAAUUACAUGAAGAAAGAGGAAGCAUGGCUGUUAAGCAGAGAGAGAGAGCUGAAAGACGAAGUACGUCGAGGGAGAGAUAAAGAGAUCGAGCUGGCCAUUCAGAGGCUGGAGGAGGAAACCCGAGGAGCGAGAGAGGAGUGCGAGAGAGCAUUUGACAACCGGAUAAAGCGCGUGAGGGAGAAAUACGAGGCCGAGGUCAGGGAUCUGGAACGUUCGGAGCGGGCGGCAGUGCAGAAACAGCAGGAGAUGCGAGAGAAACAGAGCGAGAUGGAGGAAGAGCUCCUCCGCCUGCAGUCGCUUUUACGACAGAAAGAGCAGGAGAUAAGCGACCUCACCCAGGCCCGCGAUAAAUUAUCAGAGGAGCGUCGAAGCCUAUCGGAGGUGAUCAGGCAGGAGUUUGCCGAGCGAUUGGUAGAGACAGAGGACGAGAACAAGAGAAUGAAAAUUGAGGUUUCAGAGGCAAAGGCACGACUUCGAUUAGAGGUGGAGAGAGUAAGUCGAGAAAAAGAGGAGGAGCUCGCGGAGGUGCAUCAAAGAGUAAAGUCAGCUAUUACAAAGAAGGAAGAGACUGUGAAUAACCUUAGGAAACAACAUGAGGCUGCAGUGAAGAGAGCCGAUCAUCUCGAAUCUUUGUUGGAACAACAGAGAAAACAGCUCUUAGGAAAAUGAUUGACAACAUCAAUCAACCAAUUGUUUUAAAGAAACAUUCUCGUUCUUGAAUAUUUUCUUUUGGUUGUUUAGAACCUAAGGAAUGAAAGGUUUCAUCUGACUUCUCAUUCGGUAUGUCGCCCUUUGACGUUCCCAUGGGGACAGGCCAAGAAAUAAGAAACAAAUCAAAUCUUCUUUUAUGAUUACUGAAGAUGUUUACAGACUCCUUUUAACCCUUACCGUCAUGCGCAGAUAAAUAAAUAAACAAAUGUCACCGGGCGGAUGUCACGAAACAUCAAAAACAUGUUCAGAUCGUAUUUCACCUAAAAUCAAAAGAAAAAAUAAUGAGAACUAUAAUUAAUUAUAUAAAAUAUUUAGUAAAUUAUUUUAAAAGCAUUACAUAACGUGGUAGUGUUGGUGCACUGGUGCACUUACAUUUAAAUAAAUUUAAUUUAAAUAAAUAAAUAUUUUUUUUUAGUUUUAAAGUAAUUUGUUACUAUAAUCCUUUACAAAAUUACUGUAAUACAGUAUUAAAAGUUCUUUGUUAGACAAAAAUGUUUUUUUUUUUUUUUACAAAUUGUUGGGUUUUAACUAAUGGGUGGGGCAGAUAUGGACAAACUCAGCAGUUGGGUUAUAAAUGACUCUAUGCUGAGUUAUUUUAACCCAUGGUUUGGAAACAACAACAACCCAGCAUAGAGUUAUUUAUAACCCAAUUGUUGUGUUUGUCUGCAUUUGACCCAACUAUAGGUUUAGAGUGGACUGACCGAUUUUUUUUUUUUUGUUGGGGGUCACAGUGGAAAAAAUCUUGUUCCUAAAAUUUGGCAAAAUCACAUUUUUUAUUUUUAAUCUUUUGAUUUGAUUUUUGAGGUGAAAUAGUUUUGCACUUGUUUUUGUGAGAUUCGCCCAAGUAGUGAAAAAGUCUUUCGCUAGGCACAGAGGUAUUUACUGGAAAUUCUUUCCAGAUGUUUCUUUCAUUACGUACCAUCUCGCUUGAAAUAGGAGGUGUGGGAGAGCCAAAGGCUAUAAAGUCAAGACAGUCACCUUAACAUUAAAGAGAAAAGCCCCCAUUUACAAAACAUACACACACCCCUGCCCCUUUUCUGUUGCAUACAGAUGCCUUUUGUCCCUUUAGGAGAUAUCCCAGAAGCCCUCGGGCCACCAAACAUGUUCACACAUACAGAAGCCCAGCUCUGCAUCAGACGUCAUAUAAAGAUGGCAGGAUAAGUCAAGGUUUUGUUGAGAGAUAAAAGAGAUAAGUGUUAAGUGUUACAGCGAGUGCUUUUGUGAAUUGACAGGGAGUGACAGUAGAUUGAAAUGCUCUCGAGAAAAAUACAUGCAGCUGGUUUGUAUUUGCAUUGACGAGUUUUGGGAUUGUGGUUCAGCUGAGAUGGCCAUAGCAAGUCGGAUGGAGAUUAAAUAGCAAAAAAUAUCAGGCAAAAGGAUGCGAGGGAUUGGUUGAUACGUGACAGCAGAGCUGGGCUGGACUUGAUAUGAAGGUGGAUUUGAUUGCAAGUCAAAAUAGGACAUGUUUCUAGAUCCUAGUUGGGUACAAAACAAGGUAGCUUUGGACUGGGUGUGGUUUGAAUAGCAUUCUUAUCAAUUCAUCAUUGUCAUCUAUUCAUCAUUUACAAAUUAAACACAGUAAGGCGGUAUUGGCUGUGUAAAUAACUUAAUAUUGUUUUGUUAGGAAUGUUGUUCGUGUAACUAGAUUGAUUCAGAAACACGUGAUGGUAUCGUGCUGUGGUUUCAAGCGCAACUAAAAGUCUCUCUGCAAUGUAUAACAAGCUUCAUACCCAUGAGACGAGACGAGACAAAUGCCGUAUAGAAGUCAUGGUUGGGGGAGGUGUUUCAAACUCACUGGUCGUCUUUGUUACUUGUGAAUUUUUUUACAUUUCAUUAGGAUGUGCAUCGAACAAAAGAAGAAAGAUAAACAUGAAAUGACAAAAAGAUGAUUAUUAUUUUUUUAAAUAGACUAUUUAUUUUUCCCCAAACAGUAUUUUUUAUAUUUUAGGAUUAAUUUAAGAGGAGUUAAAUGAUGAAGGGAAUGUUUUCUUGAUUCUGAAUGUCCCAUUUAAGUUUUUGUGUCUAUGGGUACCUUCCUCACAAAUACGUUUUAUCUAACUUCCGUUGGUCGGUGCCAAAUAAAUUUAGAAAAUGUAUGUGAUCAAUCCUUAUCGGACUGAAAAAGUUUUAAGUCCUAUUUCCUGAAUUGUGUUUUGUUCAGCGAACUAAGCUGAAUAUACACUCCGAUCGGAGUAAACACUCCCUCAUUCUUGUUCAAUAAUGAGUAAUUCCCAAAACAAACAGAUCAGGUGUCUCAUUUUAUUGUGGUCAGGUUUGUGAACUAAACCCUGGUUUACAUGCCACAAAAGUAUGAUUUCACUAUACAGCAAGCUGGCAUUUUGCCCGGGCACAUAAGUAUUAGUUGAAGGUGUGGUAGAGGUAUAUUAAGCAUCAUUUCAUGACAUGCUGUAAAAAGUAAAGUUUGAUCAACUUAAAAAAAUACUUAUAUUGGUAAUGCCUGAAAUGUACGUUCAAAAUGUUUAAAUAGUGUAAAUAAAGUUAAUCCAACUUAUUUCUGUAUGUGCAUACAAGGUCAGUUGGAUGCAUUUUAUUGGAGCCUAGGUGUAAGGUUUUAUGCUAUAAACAUUCUGAGAAUGUUUCAAAUACGUUGUCUGAAGAUUAGAAGUGAAUUUUUGCAGCAGAUGCAGGUCUUUGGCUGUCUUCACGCCAUUUGAUGGCAGCGCGGUUGGCAUGGCUGGUGCAUGUCAGUCCCACUCGUGCCAAUGAACACUUCUUUGUGUGUGUGUGUGUUUGUUUAAGCGCCGGUCGCCAUUUUACUCUGACUAUGAAGUGAAAACACUACUUUUAUUGUUAUCUUAAUUCAUUGUAGUAGGUUGCCCUUGCCUUCCGGUUACUCUUAUGUUCUUGUGCUUUUAUGACUUUGUUUGUUGGUUUGUUUUAUGUAAAUUCCUUGUGUCUUUCAACAGGUAGCCCUUAUUUGUUUUUCCCACGUCCUAUGUUUUGUAUAUCAGGAUUAGCUGUUUUUUAAACAGUGAAGAAUAUAUGCUUUGAUUGUUAGUAAGACAAUAAAUCUUUAAAAUAAA